AUGUCAAAUUUAAAUUUAUUUGUUGCUGGAAGCAUUCAUCAAGGUAGCGAACGGUUUUAUAGUGACAUUUCACGCGGAAGACAAUGUUCUUUUAUGAGUUUUUCAGCGUUAUUAUUUGCUCAGACUUUGCCGAUCCAACAGUGGACCGCAUCUAACGUAGAUCAGAUUCUUGCUGAGGGAGAUCGACUUUUAUAUCUCGAUGCUUUUGAAAGUAGAUCCAUCUCUGACACAGACACGUUGUCCCUGCAGGACUACCUGUCCCGUGAGAUGCGAUGGUCUUUUGACGCCCUGACUCUGUCUUGA